AAAAAAAAUAUGAGCAACAAAAAUCCAGAAAUUGUUCUGGAAAGAACAUUAGCUAUAUUUAAACAAGAUGCAUGGAAGAAAGAGGUGCCUCUUAUUGACAUUUUUAUGGAAGAAGGCAUUACUAUUACUAAUAAAAGGUAUGUGAAACUAUCACCAGAGCAGGCUAUGGAGUUCUAUAAGCACCAAAAACACAGAGAGGAUUUUACUCGUCUUAUCGAAGAUUUGAGCUGUGGAAUAAUUCUUGUGAUGGUCCUUUGUCAAGACGGAAUCACAGAAACUUGGAAGAAGAUUGUCAAUUUUAAAAAGUCCAAAGAGGCCGACAACGAAAUGGCGCAGAAGUUUUGGAAUAUCUUAGGGCGCCAAAAGAAUAAUUAUCUAUUCCACGCGAGUGAAUCGAAAGCUGAGGCAGCAAGAGAAAUCCGCUUCUUCUUCCCUGACAAACCACUGAUGACGAAACGGGCUGCUCAAGAUUAUCUUGCAGAAAAAGUAAACCCAACCCUGCUGGCAGGACUGACAGAAGUGUGCAAGAGAAAGCCGAAGGAUCCUGUGAGGUACUUGGCCGACUGGCUUAUGCAGCACAACCCAUAUCAACCCGGAAGUAGUGAAGUUUGCCCUGGAACUGAGGUCGGUGACCAUUACACAAAGUUGUGA